CCCCGGAGUACAACACACAAUUCUACGAUUAACAAAACAACGAACUCCGCAGCGUCUACUGAGGUCAUGUUGACUCGGCAUAUAAGAAACCAGAUUAUUCGCAUUUCUCCUUUCUGCUCUCCUCGUCUCUAUUGCCAAUUCCCUUCUACGCUAUCAAUUGCUCCACGCAUCGCAACCUCCCAAUUUAGAAGAAUGUCUGAUAUCGUCCAAGUCUUUGCAAAGGAUGCGUGCCCUCCUGCGGGCCCUUACUCCCACGCUAUCAAAGCGAAUGGGCAGGUGUUUCUCUCAGGCGCAAUCCCAGCCGAUGAGAACGGGAAUCUGAUCGAAGGCUCGGUUGGAGAAAAAACUGCGCUCUGCUGCAAGAAUAUCGCUGCCGUGCUGGCAGCGGCCGGGACGACCGUAGAGCGCGUCGUAAAGGUUAACGUCUUCCUCACAGAUAUGAAAGAUUUUGCUGAAAUGAACGCCGAAUAUGAGAAGUUCUUCACGCAUAAACCUGCUCGCAGCUGCGUUGCGGUCCACCAGCUUCCAAAGGGCGUCCCGGUCGAGAUCGAGUGUAUUGCUCUGCAAUAAAGGGGCUGGAAUAUUCAAAUAUUGCACAUAAUACACCUCCAUCCAUAUUACGCCAGUGGGUUUGAAGGCACAUAUUGUCUAUCCUUUAUUACGGUACCUUGGUGUAUGAAUGAUAUUAGAUAAAAAGUAAAUAAAUAAAUAAUGUGUCAAUAUGAAAACAAGAAAUAAUCCCUUCCACGCGCUCCAAUUUCUUCAGCCUUUAGGCUAAACCUAGAAGAAAGUAUUCUAAAAUGAACGAAAAAGAGAAAUAAA